UGAUUGCAUCUUCUCCACCUCUUCACUCUCUCUCUACUCUCUCUCCUAGUCAUCUGUCAUUCUCUCUAGGUUUCCCGCACUGUUUUGAUGGACUGUUGCUUCUUCCGCUCCACCAAACCUUUCGUCGUCGUUUCAUCAUCAUCGGCGCCGUCGUUUCCGGUACUUCCGACUUACGUCAGCCGUCGGAAACCUCGAUUUUCUUCACUAGUAAACUUCUCCGGUUGCCGGCGAUUCAGCGGCGUGACUGAUUGGAGACGGAAAAUCAUUGUAGCCUGUGAAUCAGCGAGUGAUUGGGAGUUUACUAGCUUGAAUACGCCGUACACGCCAAAGUCUUCCAAAGGAAAAAUUCUAAGCACGGUUUUGCAGAACGAUAUUAGAGACUUUCAUUCGGUUGUUAAUGUACAGUUGAAAGGAUUGGUGGAUAAUAGACAACAAUCGGUUGAUCGAUUGAAUUUGAGUGUUGGCUCUGAUGAAGAGUGCCUUCACAGGAGAAUUGCUGAAUUACAAGGGAAUGAGAGUCAGAUUUCAGUUCAAGAUAUCAUCUACAUGUUGAUAGUUUACAAAUUUAAGGAAAUGGAAGUUCACAUGGUUCCAAAGCUCUCGAGUUGUGUUUGUAAUGGCAGGUUAGAAAUUUACCCAUCAAAGGAUUGGGAGCUCGAAUCCAUUCACAGCUUGGAAGUUCUUGAAAUGGUAAAGGAACAUCUUACUGUUGUUAUCGGAUGGAAAGAGAACUCAACUCUAACUGAAAAUUGGGCAACCAAACAAGUUCACACACACCAUCUCUGUCGAAUCUAUGCUGCUUCAAUCUUAUACGGGUAUUUCCUGAAAUCUGCCUCGAUAAGACGAAACUUAGAACUGUGUCUUUCUGUAGCCAAUCAAAACAUGGGAUUAGCAGCAAUUGGUCAUGGCAGCAGAAACCUGACAUCAUUAGGCCAAUAUUCACCAUUCAGCCGGGGAAAACAAUGCGAGACUUUGAAGGGUUAUCUGAUGAGAUUUGACACGAAAACUCUACAAAUGCAUGCGAAACCAAAAACUAAAGAGGCUGCGAAAAUGAUUGAGAAACAUAGCUUGGCGUUAUUUGGGGUUAAUGAGCACGAGGACGAGGAGAUAGAUGUAAUUUCAACUUCGAUGUCGAGUCUUAAAAGAUUGGUUCUGGAAGCGAUUGCGUUUGGUUCUUUUCUAUGGGAUGCAGAGGAGUAUGUCAAUGCCAUAUACAAGCUUGAAGAAAAUUGAGGUUUGUUAAUUUGAUGAUGUAUAUAUUAAAAAGUCAAUUAGCAUUUUCUUCAAUAUGCAAAUACGAAUUUUCUAAUAAAAAAUUAAUGUAUAUAAUAUUUGAAAAGUAGGAGAAUCAAAUGAAAUUAUUUAUUAUGGUAUGUUGGUAACUAACUUUCAGGCUAAAUGAAUGAUUGAUUGCUCUUUGAAAGAAUAUUAGUUAAAAUAUCAAUAGUUCUUUUUUUUAAU